UUUCCCGGCAUUCUGCAUGGCACGUAUCACACCUGCACCGUAUCUCUCAUCCAGUAAUCCGAUGUCGAUCUGUACUGUCAGUGCAAAUUCCACCGAUCGAUCGAGCCAUGCAGUCCCGAUGCCCGUAGAAACGGAACACCUACGAGUAGUGUGUCUCAGUGGUCGUCAGGUGAGGGAAGAGUCGGUUGACAGGUGAGCGAAACCUUCCGAACUUCCAACCAAAAAUAACCCAUGAUUCAAAAGCGUGCAUCUCCCAUGCCGAUCACACCGCCAGCACAACAGCUUACAGAUUACUAGUGUGGGGUGUACUCUGCUGCCCUGCAUCCAACAACACUACAACAGCUACCCAUUGCAGUUGCAGAGGAAGAGCAAGAAAGCAAUGGCGACCUCCCUCCCGGCAGCGCCCCUCCUCGCCCAGCUCCCGUCCCACGCCACCAGGCCCCUGCGGCGGCACGGUGGUGGCGCCGCACGAGCUGCUCCGCCUCGCUCCGUGGCGGCCACCAGGAGGACGUCGCUCCGCGUCGCCGGCGUCAGGUGCGGCGUCGACGGCGCCGAGGCGCUGCGCUCCGGAUCCGACGUCGAGGUGCCGCCGCGGUCCGUGCCGGUGCGCGUCGCGUACGAGCUGCAGCAGGCCGGACACCGAUACCUCGACGUCAGAACCGAGGGUGAGUUCAGCGCUGGGCAUCCCGAAGGAGCUGUAAAUAUCCCCUACAUGAACAAGACCGGCUCAGGAAUGACGAAAAAUACGCACUUUCUUGAGCAAGUGUCAAGGAUAUUCGGCAAGGAUGAUGAGAUCAUCGUUGGAUGCCAAAGUGGCAAGAGAUCUCUCAUGGCAGCGACUGAGCUCUGCUCUGCUGGCUUCACCGCUGUGACCGACAUCGCUGGUGGAUUUUCUUCUUGGAGGGAGAAUGAGCUGCCUAUCACCCAGUGAUCUCUGAAGUCCAACAUCUGUCAAGGCAGCCUAGCUCAAGGAUUGUACAUAACAUUUCCCGGCUUUCGAAGUAACACUUAUUGCUGAAUAAAUGGAGCCUGCAAAGCAGAAUGGUAGCAGGACUACUUAGCGUUUAUGUAAUCCCUUGGAUGUUGCAGUUCCACUCUUUCAGCCAUUUUUUAGCAGACUGUGAUGCGCGCGCAGCACAUAAAUGUAAAAGGCAAACCUGAGCAGUAUUGUGUUACAGAAGUAUAAUAACAAAUAAGUUCAGCAUA